AUGGCAUCUGCUGAACCCUUUGUGUUGCGCUGGGGCGUGCUUUCCACCGGCUGGAUCGCGAUCCAAUUUGUGAAGGAUUGCCUGGUAGAUCCAAAGACGCGCGGAACCACAGACGUCAUACACAAAGUAGUCGCCGUUGGCUCUCGUGGUGGUAAUGUUCAGAAGGCGCAGGAGUUCAUCGCUGCCCAUGGAGACGGUCAGACCAUCAAGGCAUACGGCACGUACGAGGAAGUCUGCGCGGACAAGGAAAUCGACGCCAUUUACAUUGGUUCACCUCACACCCAACAUUACGACAAUGCCCUCACGGCGCUCCUCGCGGGUAAACACGUACUUUGCGAGAAAGCGACCACUUCCAAUGCGGCCGAACUGCGGCACCUCCUCUCCAUCGCCAAGGAGCGUAAUCUGUUCUUCAUGGAGGCGAUGUGGACGCGUUUCCAGCCCCUCACGAAAGAGCUCAAGAAGAUCGCGGAGGAGGGAACCCUUGGUGAUCCCGUGGUGCUGCACGCCGAUUUCUCCCACCAUUUCGAUGUGGACAAGCUCCCGAAGACUCACCGGAUGCUCGAUCCCUACCUCGGAGGUGGAGCGUUACUUGACUUGGGACCCUACCCCAUGAUUUGGACUGUCCUGGCCCUCUAUGAGCACCCCUCAAACAAGAAGGCACUCCCCACCAGCGUCAGCGCAGCUAUGGUGAAGACGCCCCUCACAGGGGUGGACAGCAGCACGAGCUGGACAGUGAACUUUACGUCCACGCUACGGGCACAGGCGAUCUGCAGCUGCAGCAUGAUGCUCCCGACCGCGCCGUUCGGUGUGAACAUUCGCUACCGCAACGGCAACAUCCUGGUCUCGGGGCCGACGCCCGUGCCGAGCGCGUUCACUGUGCAGUAUUUCGACAAACCCGGCAGCGGCGUUGUCGUGCGUGAGGAGAAGCGCGUGUUCGAGUAUGUCGGCGGGGGCUGGCACUAUGAAGCAGACGAGGUUGCGCGGUGCGUGCGCGAUGGGAAGCUGGAGAGCGAUCUGUGGGGGCACGAUAAGAGCUUGUUCCUCAUGGAUACAUUUGACGAGAUACGCCGCCAAGGCGGAUACAAACUACCAGAUGGAGUGGAGAAAGUCCUCUGA